AUGAAAAGAGGGAAAGCGUUCUCCUGCUCACUCUUAAACUACUUCCUCCUAAUUACCACAGUUUCCUCCGCCGCCGUGGAUGAUAACAGAACAUGUGGCCAAUCUUCGUGCGGCAAAGUUACUAACGUAAGCCAUCCUUUCCGGCUGAAGGAUGAUCCACAAAACUGUGGCGAUCCGAGCUACGAGCUGGCUUGCGAGAAUAACAUCACCGUGCUAUCUUUGUUACCGGGGAGAAACUACCAUGUUGAAUCAAUAAACUACAACAACUUCACAAUCCGACUCGUAGAUCCCGGCAUCUCAGGGGAGGAUUGUUCCACGCUUCCUCGCUAUUCCUAUUUCGGGACAAAUCUUCAACAAUUAUCAUAUGACGGCAUUCAAGAACGAGAGGCUUAUUUUCGUAAUGGCUCCACAUCAGGAACGGAAUAUGUAACAUUAUUCUAUAACGUGGUUUUCUUGGAGUGCAGCAAUCCGGUGAGGGACGAUCCACGAUAUGUGGACACUGCCCCUUGCAUUAAAGAAGACCAUCAUGAAAAAAAAAAUUCCCAACCCGGACCGGGUCACAUCACCCGGCCGGGUCACCGGUUUUCAUCAAAACCCGCCGGGUUGAACCGGGUUCCACCGGGUUAA